AUGAAUAUUACUGUCAAAACGGGUGGAUUUGCCCAGGAGCAGACCGAUGUUAUCGCCAUCGGUGUAUUGGAAAACCCGGAUUUCUAUAGUGCACCUCUCCAAAACAUAGAACAAGCUCUCGGUGGACGCAUUCGUGAAGUAAUGAACCUCGGUGAUUUCACAGGCAAACAUAAGACGACCAGCUGGCUCUAUACAAACGGAGCCAUCGCGGCACCGCGUGUGCUUUUGGUGGGUUUGGGUGAAUAUCACGAUCUCACUGCCGAGAAGGUGCGUGAGGCAGCAGGGAACGCAGCGCGGGCGAUCCGCGACAUGGGUUUAAGCACUGCCGCAAUUCCGAUUCCUAUCGAAGCCACUCCCGAAAUGAUUCAAGCCGCCACGGAGGGAAGCCUUCUCGCACUCUAUCAGUUCAACGAACACAAAACGAACACCGACGAUGAUGACAAGAAAAAGAAACUUGAAUCUCUUACGUUUUUAGUUGAAAACGAGCAAAUCAAGGCAACGAUAGAAGGUGCUGUGGCGCGCGGGAAAACGAUAGCCAACGGCACUCUCCUCGCUCGAGACUUAAGCAACCAACCCGCAAACUAUCUCACACCGACACAACUCGCUGAAAAGGCACAAACGGUGGCAGAAACAGCGGGACUCGAUUGCGAAAUUUUUGACAAAGCGACCCUUGAGGAGAAAGGUUUCCGUACACUCCUCGCUGUUGCGCAGGGGAGUGUUGAAGAACCUCGAUUCAUCAUUCUGGAAUAUACACCAGACGGCGAAGGACAAGACACCGUCGUGCUUGUCGGAAAAGGGAUUACCUUCGACACAGGCGGAAUUUCUCUCAAAGGCGGAGGCGGUAUGCACGAAAUGAAGCAUGAUAUGUCGGGUGCCGCUGCAGUAAUAGGCGCGAUGCAGGCGAUCGGACAGCUGAAGCCCAACGUGCGCGUCAUCGGUGUGAUUGCUGCGUCCGAGAAUAUGCCGAGUGGGACCGCUGUUAAGCCGGGCGAUGUCGUCACCUCCUACGGCGGUAAAACGAUUGAGAUCCUCAACACCGAUGCUGAGGGACGGUUGGUGUUAGCAGAUGCUCUCGGAUGGGCAGCUCAGUAUAAUCCGAAGGGUGUUGUUGACUUAGCCACGCUCACCGGUGCCGUGAUAACCUGUUUAGGACAUAUCGCGGCGGGUGCGAUGGGCACGGAUGAGGAACUCAUGUCGAAAGUGAAAUCGGCAGCCGUAAAGACGCACGAACGGGUCUGGGAAUUGCCGCUUUGGGACGACUACGAUGAAGGGGUUAAAAGCAAGAUUGCGGAUGUACAGAACAUCGGCGACGGCGGUGCCGGUACGAUUGCUGGUGGUGCGUUUUUGAAGAAGUUCGCGGAAGGUUAUCCGUGGGUCCACCUCGACAUCGCUGGCACUGCUUGGGGGAUGAAGGGUUCCAGUUACAUCCCGGAAGGCGCGUCCGGCUACGGCGUGCGAUUGCUGGUGCAACUGGUUGAAGAUUGGUAG